CAGUCUCAGUGUGAAGGCGGCCGAGGCGGCUGUCUGAGUUAAGAUGAGGCUUCUGCUGCUGUUUCUGCUGGCGGCGUCGGCAGUGGUCCGGAGCGAGGCCUCGGCCAAUCUGGGCGGUGUGCCCAGCAAGAGACUGAAGAUGCAGUACGCCACAGGGCCGCUGCUUAAGUUCCAGAUUUGUGUUUCCUGAGGGUAUAGGCGGGUGUUUGAGGAGUACAUGAGGGUUAUUAGCCAGCGGUACCCAGACAUCCGAAUUGAAGGAGAGAAUUACCUUCCUCAACCAAUUUAUAGGCACAUAGCAUCUUUCCUGUCAAUCUUCAAACUAGUAUUAAUAGUCUUAAUAAUUGUUGGCAAGGAUCCUUUUGCUUUCUUUGGCAUGCAAGCUCCUAGCAUCUGGCAGUGGGGCCAAGAAAAUAAGGUCUAUGCAUGUAUGAUGGUUUUCUUCUUGAGCAACAUGAUUGAGAACCAGUGUAUGUCAACAGGUGCAUUUGAGAUAACUUUAAAUGAUGUACCUGUGUGGUCUAAGCUGGAGUCUGGUCAUCUUCCAUCCAUGCAACAACUUGUUCAAAUUCUUGACAAUGAAAUGAAGCUCAAUGUGCAUAUGGAUUCAAUCCCACAUCAUCGAUCAUAGCCCCACCUAACAGCACUGAAAACUCUUUUACAUUAAGGAAUUUUUGCAAGAGCAGCGUGACUGACAUUAUGAAGGCCUGUACUGAAGACAGCAAGCUGUUAGUACAGACCAGAUGCUUUUUUGGCAGGAUCGUUGUACCUCUUGGAAAACCUUAAUGCAAUAGUUUUUCAGUGCUGGCGCAUUUUGGAAUUCUGCACAUUCGU